AUGGCACCCAAAAAGAAGGAGAAAGAGGCCAAAGCCGCUCAGGCUCCAAAGACAUUUCAGCUCCCAGAACCUGACAGGCAGCUUCAAGUCUCAGUGCCCCCUGUACUUCCACCGGAGCUGGAGGAAGACGAGGGUCUCGGCUUGGUAGCUUUGCCCAGAAAGCUUCAGCUGCAACACAUCACGUUGCUCAGCCACCCAGUGCGCAUUAGCGCCAUAGACAACUUCUUCACAGAGGAAGAAUGUCAUGGCUGGAUCACCUGGGGUGAGAAGCAUGGUUUUGACGAAGCAAAACAGAAGCAAAACUCCACCUAUGCACACCGCAACAAUGGACGCAUAGAGUUCUUUUGCAUGGACACGGCCUACCAGAUUUGGUUGCGCAUGAAGGGCUUCGUGCCAGAGACCGUGGGGGG